AUGCCGACCAUGCCAAUCCAUAUGCUAAGGAAAUUGGAAUCAGAACUAGUGAGAAAGAAGCUUGCUCGAGUUGGAGCUCACAUCUUUCCAGCACCCUUGAAACUUGAUCCUUCUUGUAAGGAAUCUUUCACGGUGAUACCUGCCAACAGUCUGACGCCCAAAUAUUUUCCUAAGGCAGGCCACGCUUGUUCUCGGUGUACUAGAACCUUUCUUGGGAUUCUAGCGGAGGGCAGGACAUCUUCCAUGUCACUAGCCUGGCAUCACAAUGACAUGUCCAUUAAAACGAUAUCUCGACUUCGUCAAUUCGUUAUUAAGUCGUGCAUUAUUGGGCUGCAUGUGUUGUUGGGCCAUGAGUUUGUCUCGAUACAGACAGGUACAAAAUCCAUCUUUAAUUUUCCCAAUUUAAAGGGUACCUGA